CCAAGUAGGGCUGCCUUUGUUAACCAGAGAGGGCGCGGCCGCUGGCAUUCUCACUGCGGGCUUCUCUCAGCUGCACUUCGUUGCUAGAUCGGGUCGAGAUGUCUUACAUCCCGGGCCAGCCGGUCACCGCCGUGGUGCAAAGAGUUGAAAUUCACAAGCUGCGUCAAGGUGAGAACUUAAUCUUGGGCUUCAGCAUUGGAGGUGGAAUUGACCAGGAUCCCUCUCAAAAUCCCUUCUCAGAAGAUAAGACAGACAAGGGCAUUUAUGUCACACGCGUGUCUGAAGGAGGUCCUGCUGAAAUUGCUGGGCUGCAGAUUGGAGACAAAAUCAUGCAGGUGAAUGGCUGGGACAUGACCAUGGUCACACAUGACCAGGCCCGGAAACGGCUCACCAAGCGCUCAGAGGAGGUGGUGCGCCUGCUGGUGACGCGGCAGUCGCUGCAGAAGGCCGUGCAGCAGUCCAUGCUGUCCUAGCAGCCCUCCUGUGAUCCUUACCUUGUGCCUACCUGCCUAUUUGUACAGCGACACCACUUCCACGCUCUCUGCUCCUCCAUCCUGGCUUCUGCUGCAUGCUGGGUUCYAGCUCAGAAGGGCGACAGCUGAUCCCAGAGGCCUGAGCCAGCCCUGUUUCUCCUCCCACUCUAGCCCGAGGCUCUGGGACCAGGUCUGUCUCUGGGAUACUGAGGAUUGGAAAUAAGGGCCUGGAGCUGAGUGAAGCCAGUCUGCAAUGACCAAAGCUCAGCCCACUGCUGCUUCAGCAGUGCCUGGGUGAGCAGAAAACACCACUUUCUGAGAGCUGCCAAAGCUGGGAAAUGCCACUCGGGGCUGGCUUUCCCUCAUUUGCCCCGGCUGCAGGGCUUGGCCCUGCCUUCCUAUGUCACUUCCACAGUGCCCAAGCCACAUGCUGUCCACCCCAACAUUGCCCAGUGGGGGGCUAGACCCCCACACUCCUGGAAGCACUAUGAAGGUUCAUCUGGAUGGCAGCUGGUACCCUCCCAUGCACCCUCACUUCCCUGAGGGGUGCUGGCCUCCCCAGGGUUUGCCUACUUACAGGAUUUAGCUGAGGUUCAAACUGACAUUUCAGGGCAACUCUCAGGAUUGCCAUUUUUCUCUCUGCCUGUGGUUUUACCUUUUGUAUUUUUUUAAUCACAACUUUGAUACACAGCGUUUUUACCUUACUAUUUGGAGAUGCCAGUUCUAGUUUUGAGUCUAGCUUACUAAUUCACAUGUGGGAGCAACUACUCUUAGCACGUGAACAGCCUUACUUUGGUUACCAUGGAAAUGGGGCAGUAUGAUGCUGCCCCACUCCCAACAUCUCAUGUCCAAUAAAGAACGCUGGAAUUCA